AUGAGGGCAGAUGCUGGUGGUGGUUUGCCGCUGUUUAUUGGCUGGAAGGCGUGCAUCCGCGUCUCUUGGCGUGAGAUUCGAUCAGCGCCAAUCUAUGCAAGGGGGAGAAGCACGAAAGGGAGGCUCGCCAUCCCCGAGUGCCGCCCCGGCGUGCAAAUCUUCACCCUUGAGCCGCCACCGCCAUGGUACCAAGACGAUCCUCGACGCAGGCCGUACGCCCCGAGAUGGCAGACGCUGCAGGCCCCGCGAGUUGCGCCCAGGGACGCUGCCUUUGGCUGGUACUUCCGGGCUGCUCACACCGUCGCCCCCUCGUGGGACGCCAACAACCCGUCGACAUACCUCGUCGCCAGCGGCCUGUGGACCGCCUGCAGACAGUCACGCCAGGUGAUGCAGGAGACGUACGAGACGGUGCUCUGGGACGAGUAUCGGCGCUUGUUCCCGGACCACGUCAAGUUCUCGCCAGACACUGCGCGGGAAGAGCUCGAGCGCAUGCCGGCGACGCUCCACGUCCGGGACCGGGGCAAAGACCGCUACUUCACCGUCUUUCCAAACCACGACCUGUUCUAUUUCCAGUCGAUGGACCUCGCCUAUUGCCCGUGGACGUUUCCCACGCCUGUCGGCUUGCCCAUCAAGCUGCGGAACAUUGCGCUGCAGUUGAACCCGGCCUGGGCAGACGGGCUGUUUCCGACAGCGCGAACAGCGUGGGAGGAGGACGGGCGGCCCCGUGCCCUGCAUUACUUUGUCCGGCUGGCAACCAUGGUGCCGCCGGAUGGCUUCAUCUGGUUCAUCGACUACCGGCUCCAGCGGCGGCCUUAUGUGCCCACCCGCGCCGAGCAAGUCUGGGACGCGUCGCGGCACGCCUUUUACGGCAGCGACCGCCGCUACGUCGAGGUCAUGGGCGCCGUGCCCCCCAACUUUGACCAGUGGCACGUACCGCACCAAACGCUGCUCCCCAUGCUUGACCCUCCGCCAGUGUCGCCCUUUGGUCCCGGUCUUGGACAGAAUUGGAGAUGGGUCGAGGAUUUGCGCCAAGGAGAGGGGUUGAAGCUCAACGGCGCCUUCUUCAUCGAGCACAUCCGGAAGCUUCUCAGGUAUGCGUUCGAGAAGCAGCCUGAAGGCACCCGCAUUCUCGACGGCACCGAGGGCAGCCGCUUCGGCGUGCUGGCAUGUGAAUUCUACUGA